UGUCAUCGUGUGAGGUUGGGGGUGAUUUGCUGCUUGUUGCAGCCUUUGCGGCUCACAGACUCCUUGACGUUCCCUGCCCCGGAAGCGUUUCCGGUUUACCUAACGAGGUCAAAAUGGCGGCUCGCUGCAUGUGAAGGGGUCGACACGGGAGCCGGCUUAAUGAUCCGAGAAACAUGUAUAAAACGCCAUGUAGCAGGCUGUCAGGUUUGGUUGGUGCAAGUUUGAAACAGAAAUUAGUUCAAAAUAUUCCUCGAUGUGACCAGACUGCUCGGAGCCUUAUUCAACUGCACAGAAGAGAGCCGUCAAACUGGUUGACUUAUCAGCAUCUCAGCUUCCUUAAACGCCAGUAUGUAGCAAAGAACAACAGUGAGCUUCACCAGCGUGCCAUCCCUAAACAGGAAGCUGUCCUGACCAUUGUGGAUGAGAGAGAUGACGGUGUUGAGAGGCAGGUGCAGAGAAUACCAACUAUUGAUCCUGUGGUCGCAGAUGCUGUGCCACAGUCAGAGGAUGUCACCAGUAAGACGAAGCCUGAAGUGAAACCCACUACAGAAGAUGUGGCAGUACAGAAAGAUUCUGUGUCCAAUACAGCUCUGAUUUCAGAUGAGACUCCACAUGUCCAGGUGGAGACAGAUGAGGCAAGGGAGGCACGUCUAGACAGACAGUGGAAGCAGCUGAAGGUUGAUGUGACUGACUUACCAGAUAUUUAUGCCAGACUGGCCAAAAUCAAACUUACAGCGUUGGUGGUUACAACUGCAGCAGCUGGCUAUGCAAUGGCUCCAGUGCCCUUUGACCCAGUCAUCUUCUUCGUAUCUUCACUGGGAACAGGCCUCGCCUCUUGUACUGCCAAUUCCAUCAACCAGUACUUUGAGGUGCCCUUUGACUCCAACAUGAACCGUACAAAGAACCGUCCACUCGUCAGAGGACAGAUCAGGUGCUUUGUUGCUGGGUGGUUUCCUGUACAGCUGGCAGUUCCCCCACUUCAACGCCCUCAGCUGGAACUUGCGGGAAGACUACUCCCGCGGCGGCUACCGCAUGAUGUCCGUCACCCACCCUGGCAUGUGCAAGCGGGUGGCCCUGCGCCACAGCUUGGGUCUGAUCGGCCUGUCAGCCUUAGCACCGGUCAUGGACGUCACCACCUGGACCUUCCCUGUCGUCUCCUUACCCAUCAACCUGUACAUCAGCUACCUGGCCUUCCGCUUCUACCGCAAGGGGGACCGCAGCAGCGCCCGCAAGUUGUUCUUCUGCAGCCUCUGGCACCUGCCCAUGCUGCUGCUGCUGGCGCUCACUUGCAAGAAGCCUCGCACAGACCAGGAGGAUGCGGCUCUACCUCCAGCCUCCUCUUCACCCCUCGCACUGCAGAGCUAACUGGUUUCGUAGUUGCCUCCAGUACCUCUAAGACCUCUGAGACCCUGAUUUUAACCGAAUACUCCCUCGGUCUUUCCCCUAACCACCCAUCGCGAUUGGUGGUUGCUGGGUGAUGGACACUUUAUUCGACCUGUGUGUUUCAUUUUAAGCCAGUGUUGCUCGCUGCGUAUCAGGAAAUGAGCUGGAAAGGAUUUGGAUGGAAACAGCUGAUUUUACAGAAAACACACUGAAUGAUUACGUCAGGUUGUAAUCAUUUGAAUGUGUGUGUACUGUACAUAUAUUCUGUAUUUAUUUAUAUAGGGGCCCACCAGUUCCGCUCCAUGUUGUACAUGACUGAUGUUAAGUGAUCUUGCACAGUGUAAAUCGCUCCUAUGGAUCCACACAGCGGUCACUGUCUGCAGAAAACCCAAUGCACUGUACAAAUGCAAGAAAUAGAAGAUGGACAUGAAGACAUCACGUAAUCAAAAGAUAUGUUUGAUUUUCUGUAAGAGUAAGAAAACCUUAAUCUGAAGCAGACGCUGCACCGCAGCCGAUAUCUGUUGAUUGUUGUUGGACUUUAACGUGAUCCCUGCUACUUGACAGUUAAUAAGCCUCAUUGUAUGUUGCGAGUCGGGAAGCGCAGCGAUGGGUCUUCAUUCAUUUGCAUAAUGCUUUAUUUCAACACGGUUCACCUGCACCAAAACAAAGGGAGGAGUUGAGCCCUGUGAGAGACACAAGGGUAAGUGUUCUCCAAUAAUAAACGC